AUGUCCACCCGCCCCCACCCUGCACUACGAAUCUGCCUUGCCUGCUGCUCCAGCUCUGCCCCCUUGCGCCCUGUCCUCUGUGUCUUGAGUGGGGGGGGGGUCCAGGCCCCCCGAGGCCACAUGUUUCUUAUGUCAUGCUGGAAUCUGGGUGAAGUCAGCAAGCCUGAAUUGGUGCUGGAUUCAUUUCCAGGGCUCAGCUCAGGGCUUGAGGCCCAUGAGGGGAUGGUGAGCCCCCAAAUGCCUGCGGGACCAGGCACAGACCGUGGCCCAGGCAUGAGACAGCCAGGGAGGAGCGGGCCAAGGAGGCCGGGCCUUGCCCUGGGGGUGCUGGGGGGCCAUGGGUGGCAGCAGACCAGGGGAGGGACCAGUCGGGUCUUAGCUAGGGCCCCCCACAGAUCUCGGCGGAUCCCGGAGGGAAGCAGGUGGCCGAGUGGUUGUGGGGCGGAGGUUCCUGUUCACACUCAAGGUCAAACCUUGGCUCUGCUCCUGCUCGUGAGAUAGUGGGGGCCCCAUUUCUGAGAGCCCCACGCCCUAAGGGCUGAGCUCGCUCCCUGAGUCCUGACCUGCUCUGACGUCUCCCGACAGCUCCCCCCGGAUGUGGCUUCUGUUAUCAGCCUGACCAGGCCACCAUCCUGGACUCUGUCCAGCUCCCGGAGUGGAGCCCCAAGGAGGCCGCUGGUGAAUCUGGGGCUUGGGGCGGGGGUGCUUGGGCCUCUGGGAGACAUUCCUCAGGUCGGCUCCUGAGCUGACUUGAUAUGAGUGUUCGACCCAGGGACGUGGCUGUGAUCAAUGGUGUGGCCGAUGGGGCACCUUCCGGGAUGCCUGCCUGCUCUAGCCGGCUCCCAAGUGAAGAGGUUCUCAGCCUCCAAGAGGAAGCAGCACUUCAUCAACCAGGCAGUGCGGAACUCGGACCUCGUGCCCAAGGCCAAGGGGCGGAAGAGCCUCCAGCGCCUGGAGAACACCCAGUACCUCCUGACGCUGCUGGAGACAGACGGAGGCACACCCGGCCUGGAGGACGGGGACCUGGCACCCCCCGCGGCGCCCGGCAUCUUCGCGGAGGCCUGUAAUAACGAGACCUAUGUGGAGGUGGGCCCGUCCCCCAUCUCUUGCUCCCUCCGCUCCAGCCACGCUGGCCUGUUUCUGUUUAGGCUUUCACCAAGAGCACCCAGCUUCCUCUGGCCCAUUGAUGAAUGCGCUUUAGUCUCCCCCAGGUCCCUAGACCACGCCAGAACCCUCACCCCACCCCAAACCUUCCAGCGCCCACGAUCUACCUGCCUGUCCAUGUCGACACCCCUCCCUAGACCAGCAGGUCUGUUGGUGCCCCGUGAAGUCUUGACCGGUCUGGCGGGCCGAGGUGUCCACAAGGAGUGUCUCCAUGCACUUUGGUGGGAGGAGCCUGGCCUGGCGGCAGGACCCUCCAUUUACUCCAGCGCCUGCCUCACACCUUGGGCUCUUGCAGAGGACCCGGCCUACACCCCCAGAGAGUGCUUCCAGCGCAUCAGCCGGCGUCUGCGAGCCGUCCUCAAACGGAGCCGCAUCCCCAUGGAAACGCUGGAGACCUGGGAGGAGCGGCUGCUGAGGUUCUUCUCCGUGUCCCCCCAGGCCGUGUACACGGCCAUGCUGGACAACAGCUUCGAGAGACUCCUGCUCCACGCCGUCUGCCAGUACAUGGACCUCAUCUCAGCCAGUGCCGACUUGGAGGGCAAGAGGCAGAUGAAGGUCAGUAACCGGCACCUGGACUUCUUGCCUCCUGGGCUGCUCCUGUCCGCCUACCUGGAACAGCGCAGCUGAUGGCGGCCGCCUGCCUGCCCCAUCCCCCGUGACCACGUCCCAUAUCAUCCACUAAAAUGUUGGUUAUUUUUGGAAUUUGUCCUUGGAAACAUGCUCUCCCCCUUGGGGUCGCCGUCUCUCACCCUGACCCAGCCCCCGCCAGGUAAAUGGCAGGUGGCCGGGGCUGCCCCAGACUCUCCCGGGGGCCCCCAUAAUGCCCAGCUCUGGGACUUGUGUUUGGGUGGGGAGACCUGGCCUGUUCACUUCCAUGUUCCUUCUUCCUUCAGCUUUUCUGGCCCAGUCUGAAGCUUAAGCGAGGAGGGGGAGCCCGGAUUUUUAUCACUUUUAAUUAAUUUGGCGUGAUUUGUUGUAGAUUUUUAAAUUUCCCUUUGGGAAGAAAAACCAAAUACUCGCCCCAACUGAUAAAUCAGGGGGCUUCGUUCUAGUCCCUGCUUGACCCCCAUCCCAGUUUUUGGCUAGGAUGGGGGGGUCUCUGGGGUGCUGCCCCUCACCCCAGGAGCGUUGUUACGUCUUGUGUGCGUGCAGAUGUGUGUGCAUGCCAGCGCCCCGCAACCCAGGUCAAGCUGCGUCUUAAAGGCUGGUUUUGCCCUCAUUUUGGAAUGUGUGUUGUCCUCCCCUGGUGCCUUUCGAUGGCUCUUGGGGCCCCACCUGCCCUACUACCCCCCCAAACUUUUCUCCCCAUCUCUUCAUCCUGGGGGUCUGGGACUUCCAGCCAGAAGCCUCCGCCCUCAUUCCCCUCUCCGCCUCCCCUUCCCUGCUCUCCCCCAGUCUAGUUCUGGCUCGUUGCUUUGGGGUGUCCUCCUGCUGGUCACCUGACCUGGCCCACAAGAGCCAGGCUGGGGGCCCCCACUCCCGUGUGUGUGAUUAGUUGCACAUUGAAAAAGUGGAGCGUUCAAUAAAUUUCUGGUGCUCUGGUA